AUGUCGCAUCUCGCCUCCUUGCCGCCCGAGAUCCUCCAUCACAUCCUGGAGUGGCUCAGUCCCGAGGAACUGGUACUGCUCCGUCGUGUGUCGCGCCUGUUCUACGCGUACAUCAAGGGCAACUGGAGCCUGCAUCGUGCCGUAUACACUCGCAACUUUGAUACGCCACCCAAGGCAGACCUCGAAUGGGAAAACGAGUUGCAGGACUUGGUGAAGCUUGCCGCUGCUCAUCACCUUGGGUUCGUUUCGUCUGCUGUGGACCGGCUGUUGAAGAACGCCUCUUCGCAGGGACACACUGUGGAGAACUCGUACACCCACUGCGCCUCGCGAAACGCCGAGUUCGUGGCCGAGCUGUUCGAGGACCGGCGCAACCAAGAGGCUUUCCUACAGCGGUCAUCCCUCUUCGCGCGUGUGCGGAACGCUCACAGGGACGCCGGACCCGAGCCAUGUGGUGAGACGUCUCAGGCUGCGGAGCGGCAGCAGAGCGCCAAGCUACACUGCCUUUACGGCAAGCCUAUCCUCAACGUGGGCAGGCUCAGGUCGACUCGCACCUACCCCUUCGCUGUGUCCAAGGUGUAUGACCUGCGAGAGUACACACCGCUGACAAAGUGGGGUCCAUUUAUGGAAGACACGAGCACCCGCGUGGACUGGGAAAAGGUCGAGGCGAUCAUGGUUGUCCUGGGCUACAACAUAUCAGCCCGGCGAGUGACCAAGCUGUUUAGCGACACGUGGGACAGUCCAUUCUCUGGCUCCUGGCCCAAAAGCUAUAUGCCAUCACCAAAGGCGGACCUUCAGCCGCUCGAUGCCGAAGACCCAUAUGGCGUGACUGGUACCUGGUAUCGGAUUGUCUGCUUCCUCGACUACAAUGACUUCUUCAACUUUAACUUCCCGGUUCGCGAAAACGCCUGGGAUGGGGCCCCAAGGCCGCCUCUGAACGUGGGGGAGGAGACACGGCUCAUUAUUAUGAGGACGCACAUAACUAGCAUUGAGGCCCCUGGUCCUGAAGAUAACCAGGACAUGCCGGUCGUCAACUUUGUCGGCGUAUCUCGGUCCCUAGACGACUCCUGGGAUGACAACGCGAAUUCAGAUCUCCGAGGCAAGGUGCGGCUCACAAAAGAAGGUGAAGUCCGCUGGACGACCAUUUCCAUCUUCCACGGCGAGGAGCGCUGGAGGAGCGAAGGUGUGCAAGUCGGGGGCAUCCGUUCGGCGCGAGGCGUGAUCGGCAACUGGUUCGACAAGGACUACGAUCCGCAUGGGCCCGCUGGGCCGACGGCCUUUUGGAAGGCCAGCGACUCCGAGGGCACGGCGAAUACGGUGCACGAUCUGCUCACCAACGACUUUUUGCUAACAUACAGCACCGUGGCGUACCUCGACGACUCAGACCCGGAAGCGGAAAUGGACUACGAGGAUGACGAGGAUGACGAGGAUAUGGACGAUCUGUCGGACGCAGAGCCGAUAUCUAACGAGCUGGCAGGACUGCUCAUGGACGCGCAGCUAGACGUGGCAGACAUUAUGCAGCAGGCGGAGCAAACGUGA